UCUCCGAAUAACUUCUGGAAGAGGAGGCAGUACCGGCGCCCAGCACCUGCCACCGGUGGGGGACACACUUCGGCGGAACGGAAAACCAGAGCUGUCCCACGGGCCCCCCCAACCAAGGCUGAAGUCUGUAAACCUUGGAGAGGCCUUCAGCAGUAAUCUCCAAAUUCUAAAAUGACCACCCUGCCCCCACUGCCCAUGACACGCCCAAAACUUACAUCUGUAGCCAGACAGAAGCUGCCAUGUGUCCCCAGCACCAUUCCAAGGUCUGUGUGGAUCAAAGAAAAAGAUGACAUAGAUCAUUACCUGGAGGUGAAUUUCAAAGGAUUGUCAAAAGAGGAGGUUGCUGCUUACCGGAACUCAUACAAGAAGAGCAUUUGUGUGGACAUGCUUCGAGACGGUUAUCACAAGUCUUUUACUGAGCUCUUUGCCCUGAUGGAGAAGUGGGAUGCCCUGCGGGAGGCUGCAAGACUUAGGUCCCUUUCCUGGUUGCAGAGACCCCUGGAGGACCAGCCUGAGAAGCUGGGUCACUUCUACCACCACCUGACCAGGGCGGAGGCGGCUGAACGGCAAGAACACUUUGAAGAAGUCUAUGACAACUUGUAUGCACUGGCCUGUUACUUCAAUAAUUCCGAAGACAAAUGGGUAAGGAACCACUUCUAUGAACGAUGUUUUAAGAUUGCCCAGCGGAUCAAAAUUGACGGUGGGAAGAAAGAGGCCGAGGCGCAUGCGCACAUGGGACUUCUCUUCGAGGAAGAUGGUCAGCUUCUGGAAGCUGCUGAGCAUUAUGAAGCAUUCCAUCAAUUGACGCAAGGGCGGAUAUGGAAGGAUGAGACGGGCCGCUUUCUCAACUUGUUGGCCUGUGAGAGUCUCCUGAGGACUUACAGAUUACUCUCAGACAAAAUGCUGGAAAAUAAAGAAUACAAACAGGCCAUCAGAAUUCUAAUAAAAGCUUUUGAAAUAGCCAAAGAAGGAAGUGACAAGAAGAUGGAAGGGGAAGCUUCCUAUUACUUGGGCUUAGCACACCUGGCUGCUGAGGAGUAUGAAGCAGCAUUAAGAGUCCUUAACACUUACAGUAAAAUCUCCAUAGACCUGGAAGAUGAUCUCGGCCUGGGGAGAGCCUAUGAAGCAAUAGCCAAGGUCCUGCAGAGCCAAGGAAAGAUGACAGAAGCCAAUAAAUAUUUGCAAAAAGUUGUGGAAAUUGCAAGAAAUAAUUUUCAAAGUCUAGAUGUUGUGAGGGCAAGUACAAUGCUUGGGGACAUCUAUAAUGAAAAAGGACACUACAAUAAAGCUUCUGAAUACUUUCAACAAGCUUUUGACACAACAGCAAAGCUAACGGACAUGGGUAACAUGGAUGAAACAAAAGUUCAUUAUGGAAUAGCAAAAGCUCAUCAGAUAAUGCUGACCAUUAACAAUUAUAUCGAGUCUGAAGAUUUCACUGGACUUGACUACCUGCUGUCGUGGAAGGAGAAGAGAAGCAGCAUUGCACCUCAUCAGAUUAUUGGGGGAUCUAGAAAAUCCUCACUAGGAAGUUUGUAUCAAAUCCCAGAGAAUUUGAAAGAAGAACUCAAUGGAUUUCCAGAUAAUCGAAAAAAUGAGACUUAAACCAGCUUUUGACUCAGCAACAAAGCAAGAAGAAAUUUAUCAUGUCACCUUAGUCUUGAUAACUGUCAUAGGAAUAUGUUACAAAUAAUACAGAUACAGUUAUAAUAAAACUCUGACUAUAUUUAGAUUGGAUUUUGUAUUACAAUGUACUACUACUAAUUUAAUCUAAAAUUCAUGAAAAUAAAAAAUGUAUCUCAAA